AUGCCAGAAGUAUACCAUGCACAUCCGCUAUACGGCUAUGACCGCGACUUCAAGGGCUACGGUGAGAAGGGCCUAGACCCGAAGUGGCCAAACAAUGCGAAGAUCGCCGUUUCUUUCGUCAUCAACUACGAAGAGGGAGGCGAGCGCAGUGUGCUGCGUGGAGAUGGGAUCUCAGAGCCCAACCUGCGAGAGAACCCAGGGGGGCCGCCACGGGUCAACGAGCGCAACUACAACGUGGAGUCUGAGUACGAAUAUGGAAGCAGAGCAGGUUUCUGGAGACUCUUCCGAAUGUUUAAUGCCCUGAAGAUGAAGUUCACGCUCUACGCCGUGGCCCAGGCCGUGGAGGAGCAGCCGGAGGUGGUAAAACGAUGUGUUGAUGAAGGACAUGACAUCGCUUCCCACGCGUACCGGUGGAUUGAAUACCACGACAUGCCAAUUGAGAAGGAAAAAGACUACAUCAAGAAAGCCGUCACUUCAUUGAAGGCCCUCAGUGGUUAUGCCCCUCGGGGGUGGUAUUACGGCAGAAACAGUCCGCACUCACGUACUCUGGUCCCACAGGUUUACGAUGAAAUGGGUGAGACGCUUGAGUGGAUGAGCGACAGCUACGCGGACGAUGUACCCUAUUGGAUUGACCUAAAUCACGAAAAAGAUUUGUCCAACCCUAAAGGCUGUCUUAUGGUGCCGUACUCUUACGACUGCAACGAUUUCAAGUUCCACACGGCAGGCUCCGGGUUUCGUGAUCCCCAAGGCUUCUUCGACCACUUGAAGAAUGCUUUUGAUGUGCUUUACGAAGAGGGUCAGGAUGGCAUGCCCAAGAUGAUGACGAUCGGACUGCAUUGCCGAAUAAUCGGGAGGCCAGGUCGUUUUGCUGCCCUCAAACAGUUCGCUGAGUAUAUUAGCCAGAAGGAAGGUGUGUGGGUUGCGACCAGGUCAGAGAUUGCAGAAGCUUUCAAACAGAAUUACCCUUACCGCAAAGGCUUCUUGGUUUAG